AUGGGUUUCUUCAAGAACUACCGUGUCUACAUCCUCACCUCGGUAGCCUAUCUGGGCUCCCUGCUCUUCGGCUAUGACACGGGUGUGAUGGGCAGUGUCCUGGCUCUGAAGAGCUUCAAGAAGGACUUUGGCCUCCCCACCGACUCUAGCGGGUUCGCCUCCAGCAAGAAUGCCCAAGUCUCCGCCAAUGUGGUGUCGCUCCUCACGGCAGGCUGCUUCUUCGGUUCCAUCUUUGCUGCCGUCCUGAACGACCGCAUCGGGCGUCGGUAUUCGCUGAUGCUCUUCUCCGUCGUGUUUUUGCUCGGCGCGGCGCUCCAGGUCGGCGCACACCACGACAUCGGGAUGAUCUACGGCGGCCGUGUGGUGGCCGGUCUGGGUAUCGGCGGCAUGUCCAGUAUCACGCCCGUGUUCGUCAGUGAGAACUGUCCUCCGCAGAUCCGUGGUCGGGUGGCAGGCCUGUUCCAGGAAUUCCUCGUGAUCGGCAGCACCUUUGCCUUCUGGCUGGACUACGGCGUUUCGCUCCAUAUUCCCGAGGGCACCAAGCAGUGGCGGAUCCCCGUUGCGAUUCAGCUCAUCCCGGGUGGCCUCAUGCUGAUUGGGCUCUUCUUCCUCACGGAAUCGCCCCGGUGGCUCAUGAAGCAGGGCCGGCACGAGGAGGCAGUCCAGUCUCUGGCGUACAUCCGAAACGAGCCCACCAACAGCGAAGUGGUCGAGAAGGAAAUUGCCGAGAUCAGGGCCUCUCUGGAAGAGGAGCUGGCGGCCACCGAGGGCGUCACCUGGAAAGAGGCGUUGCGCAAGGGCAACCGCUACCGUUUCUUCCUGGCCUUCUGCAUCAUGUUCUGGCAGCAGUUCUCCGGUACCAACAGCAUCGGAUACUACGCGCCCGAGAUUUUCGAGACGGUUGGCGUCAGCAAGACCAACUCGUCCCUCUUCGCGACGGGUGUGUACGGCACGGUCAAGGUCGUGGCGACCUUGGUCUUCCUGCUCAUCGGUAUCGACUUCUGGGGCCGCAAGAACAGUCUGGUCGGCGGCGCUAUCUGGAUGGCCAGCAUGAUGUUCAUCAUCGGCGCGGUACUGGCCACUCACCCACCUGACACGAACAGCGACGUCGUCUCCAAAGCAUCGAUCGCCAUGGUGACGAUGAUCUACCUGUACGUGAUCGGAUAUUCGGCCUCGUGGGGUCCAACUCCAUGGGUCUACCUCAGUGAAAUCUUCCCCACACGCCUCCGUGCGUAUGGCGUCGGAGUCGGCGCCGCCACGCAAUGGCUCUUCAACUUCGUCAUCACGGAGAUCACCCCAACGGCGGUCAACCACAUCGGGUGGCGGACCUUCCUGAUGUUCGGCAUCUUCUGCCUGGCCAUGGGCGUGUUUGUGUUUGUCUUCGUGAAGGAGACCAAGAACCGCAGUCUGGAGGACAUGGACGUCCUGUUUGGCACGGUCGACGAGGCGCAGCGCCGCGCCGAUGUCGAGCAAGUCCUUCACAAGGGCUUGGUGUCGCAUGUCGAGGAUGCAACGCAAUCAAAAAGGCCUGAAUGUGCGGUACGAAUGAUCAAGUACGUACUGUAUAUGCUUGUAGUCUUGUAA